GAGAAACUUAUAAAAUUCUCGAUAGACAUCCACCGAAACCUAUAGGAAACAAAACCUGAAAAAGAGAAGAAAAUGGCGGACAGCGCUUCUGCUAAGAGAUGGCUUCCUCUUGAAGCUAACCCUGAUGUUAUGAACCAGUUUCUUUGGGGACUUGGUGUUGCACCGGAUGAGGCAGAGUGCUUUGAUGUUUAUGGGCUUGAUGAGGAGCUCUUGGAAAUGGUUCCAAAGCCGGUACUGGCUGUGUUAUUUCUUUACCCCAUAACAGCAAAGAGUGAAGAAGAGAGGAUUUUACAAGAUAAUGCAUUAAAGGAGCCUAGUGGUGGAGUUUACUUUAUGAAGCAAACUGUGGGAAAUGCCUGUGGAACCAUUGGGCUUCUUCAUGCUGUUGGAAAUAUCACUUCCGAAAUAAAACUUGCUGAGGGGUCGUACCUGGACAAUUUCUUCAAAUCCACUGCAAAGAUGGAUCCCUCGGAGCGCGCCGCAUUCCUCGAAAAUGAUAGAGAAAUGGAAGUUGCUCAUUCAGUUGCAGCAACUGCUGGUGAUACUGAGGCAUCAGCUGAUGUAGACACACAUUUCAUCUGCUUUACAUGUGUGAAUGGGCAACUGUAUGAGCUUGACGGAAGGAAGGCAGGACCAAUUUCACACGGUGCAUCUUCCCCAAGCACCUUAUUACAGGAUGCUGCUAAAGUUAUUCAAAAGUUUAUCGCGAAAAAUCCUGAUUCAAUCAACUUCAACGUCAUUGCUAUCUCAAAGAAGCAAUGAGAUUUGACUGAUGCAAGAAUCGCAACGUAAUGGUUCGGAUGCACUCCCCGAGUAAAUUACAUGGAAGCUGGAGGAUUACAUGCUUGCGACUGAACUUGAGGUCUACCCUGAGCUUUUUGGCUUGAUGUAUUAUGUUCAAACUUACCAACGUCCAACAGGGUCUUAGACACACUCAGUUGAUCUACUUUAUCAUACUUUUGAUCUUGCGUUUUGCUGAAAGUUGGAGGCCUUGAGCUCGUUACGGCACUGUUCCAUUCUAUAUUCCUAAUGUCUGAGUUCCAUCUACAUGAAUUUCCAUGCGUAAAGUGAACGGUGUAAAGAUAAACACGAACAGAAAAAGUAGAUUCCCGUCGGGGAGACAAUAAAUUUGAAAAAUCGUGGAAUUGUAUUCGGAAAAGGACUAGGGAAUGCUCGACAUCAGAACAGUUUACACGUACGGAUUUGGUUAAAGAAGCUGUCAAAUUUCAUUAUAUUCA